AUGUCAUCGCUGCUGCUGAUUCUCGCCGUCAUCGUUGUGACUGUCGUCCUGCAGAAAUACAGCAGUCCAGUAAAAGCUGAAUGGACUCGAGACUUAUCGGGAGGUUUCUUUGGUCAGAAGAAGAAGACGCUUCCCGCCAAACAGUCAGCUGCUUCCUGUUCUCCACACAGAAACUGUCCCAGCGAUCAUUUCAGCUUCUUCCUGCAGAGCGGCGCCGCCAACGUGGUCGGCCCGAAGAUCUGCGUCCAGAACCAGCUAGUUCUCGGGUCGGUGAAGAACAACGCCGGGCCUGGAAUCAACAUAGUGAUUAUUAACGGAAGGAGUGCAGAGGUUUUGCAUUCGGCUUAUUUCAACAUGUACAGCGGCGAUGUGUCUCCGCUCAUCGAGCUGCUGAAAAACAUCCAGAAAGGUUCGAUCGUCCUGAUGGCUUCAUACGACGACCCGUCCACCAAGCUGACGGACGAUGCCAGGAAGUUGAUCUCAGAACUCGGCAGCUCGGCCGUCUCGUCUCUGGGCUUCAGGGAUAACUGGGUGUUCGUUGGAGGGAAAGGGUUCAAAGCCCAGAGCGACUACGAGAAGCAUCUGAAAAACGACAAAGAGAAGAAUAAAUAUGAAAACUGGCCCGAGCUCAUCCAGCUGCAGGGCUGCAUCCCCAAAUACCCCGAGUGAUUGGUCCUGGUCCCGGUCCUGGUCCCGGUCCCGGUCCUGGUCCCGGUCCCGGUUCUGGUUCUGGUUCUGGUCCUGCUGAGUCUGUUACCGUCGUCACUCAAACAAAAGAAGAAUUUUAAUAUUUUUCUUGAUUUUAAAUGUUUCUGAUAAAAAGCUCGACGAGGAACUGAUGAUGACAUCACUUCCUCCUUUAGCAAUAACGAUGACAUCACUUCCUCCUUUAGCAAUAAUGAUGAACCCUGGUUUUUGGUUGAAGCUCA